GCCCCAGCCAAAGCUUGAGGAAUCGGACCAUACGCCUAGGAUGCGCAAGUGGCUUUGGGAGCUCAUGGCCUGGUGGCGCUACUUCGGAGAAGGAGCCCCCGCCGGGGUUGGAAAUCUUCGAGAUCAAGCAAAGCGGAGUGCUUCUCGCUGGGCCAGGGCACGGCAUUGUUUGGAGGAGGGCUCCUUUACAGCUGCAGAGAUAAAUCUGCUGGAGACCAGCGGAAUGCUUGACUCGCUGGAGAAGCUGGAGCGGCUAUACCAACGUAAGCGUGUCGGUACCCGCACUUGGCUUCAGAAGCUCUCCGCCUGGUGGCGCCGCUCCGCCGAACAUGCUCCCAACCAGCCGGGAACUCUUCGC